CUCCCUGCAAGUUUGUAUCCAGCAUCUCUCCUCUCAUCCUGCAAGUGCUGGACAGGGAUGCUGGCUGCAGGAGCUAUGGACCCACGAAAAAGGCAUCAGGAUUAUUUGCAUUUCAUUUUCACCUUCCUUCUGAUGCCACACAGCCUUCUCUGCCAAGGGCAAGCUCAUGGGGUAAUUUGGGACACGCUGGUUAAAGAUGGUGUUAUCACAGAUGGAAAUGUUCAAGAUGACCUUAAUUUCCUUGCUCCAAAAACUAUGGGCGACCAGAAGGACGUUUUGAAGAAGUUGAAGGAUUUUGCUUCUGAGACAAUUAUUAGCUCACAAGCAGCAAUAUCUGAGCUACAGCGUGGUGGAGGAGGUGGUACUCCAACUACUGACCAAGGAGACAUUUAUACUGCUGUUAAUUUACAGAUCCUUAGGGAAAAUCUCCCUUUUUAUGCGUCACCUGUCACCACCAAGUCAUCUCUUACUACAUCCAGAACAGAGCCCAUGUCUUCUGCCCAUCAUAUUCCCCCUUCCCGUGUCUUGCCCCUAGUAAACCCUUCAGUGAUGACUCCUACACCCAAUAAGUCUUCUAACGGGGCAAAAGAACAUUCCAUAGUCUCCACUACUCCCAAUAUAAACCCAGUUCCUACCAUCCUCAUUUCAGAAAUUACCCCUACACCCUGUAACCCGCCAACCCCUUUUACAUCCUCACAUCCUUAUCCAUUCUUCUCAUCUCCUAAAGGUUCUAAAGAAGUUCUUGUAUUGUCCUCCAUGGACCUCCAGGCUGCCUCCCACCGUACAGCUCGCUCACUGAAGCCCAGAUCUAUCUCCUCUUCCUACACCGUGAGGGUACCUGCAGGGGGAGCCCUGGGGGAGACCAUAUUUACUGUCCCAGACAGAAGAUUCAGGGGCAAGUGGUUUGAGGUCAGCUGGCCCUCAGACCCCCCAGUGAGUAUAGAGAGUGGCUCUGGGAGGCUGUACCUGACCAGAAAACUACAAGGAGGACAGAUAGAAGUCCAAGUCAAAGUACACAACCUCGACCAAGAGAGUGACUGGUACCUGAGCCACAUAACAAUUAUUGUUCCAAAAGAAGAGAGUCUAGAAUGGAGGAUGUAUCCCUUCCCUUACCUGGCAAGGGUUAACCCUGACGCACCAAGAGGGACUUUUGUAUAUCAGCUGUCAGCCCAUUAUUAUAAUGAUGAAAGAUCCAGCAAUGAAAUUUCUUACUACAUCAUGGAAGGUGGUGACCAGGGGUUUGAGAUUGAUAAGGAUACUGGUGGUAUCAGUACCUCUGGGUUACUGUUGAUGUGGAAUAAGGAAUAUACUCUCACAGUCCAAGCUGCCGACCGGCACGGAAAGAAGAGCCCACAUGCCUCUAUUUCCAUUUUAGCUGGGAUUCGGCCUCCGCAGUUUACAAACAUUUCUUACAAUUUAUUUGUUCCUGAAAGCACAAGUCCUGGGGAGAAGAUAACUAUAGUGGAAGCAGUGUCUUUUCAAAGCACGCCAAUCACCUAUACUUUGUUGGUGAAUCCAAGUGGACUGUUCGCUAUAAACCAGGAGAGCGGAGAGCUGAGUCUCACCCAUGCAGUGGAUUACGAGAGUGAACAUCACCUUUAUCAUUUGCUGGUGAAAGCCCUGGAAGCAGACAGCGGUCUUAGCAGUAUCACUGAGGCAAUGAUCCAUAUCACGGAUGACAAUGACUGUUCUCCAGAAUUUUUGAGAUCCAUUUAUAGCCAGGAAAACAUCCCAGAAAACGUUCCUGUUGGCACAUCUGUGUUACAAGUUCUAGCACAAGACUGUGACUCUGGAUCCAACUCUGAAAUUUCAUACUUCACUCAGAGCACAGACUUUAACAUUACUCCACAAGGCAUCAUUCAUUCUAGCCAAAGACUGGAUUAUGAACGCCCCAAUCACCUGUAUGAGUUUGUGGUCAUAGCCAUUGACAAGGGAAAUCCUCCAAGAACAGGAACCGCAUCUAUUCGCAUUCGCAUGGCCAAUGUUAAUGACGAAGCCCCAGUUUUCUCCCAAACUGUUUAUAACACCUUCCUCUCUGAAGACGCUGGACCCAGCACUUUGGUAGCAACCAUUCACGCAAAGGAUCCUGAUGGAGACAUAGUUUCUUAUUUCAUUGUUGGAGGAAAUGAGGAGGGCAACUUUGAAUUGGACAGCCAGAAAGGCAUCUUAAGACUGCGUAAAACACCUCCGCCUAAUUUGACAAGACUUCAGUAUGUAAUAAAUAUUUCUGCGGUUGAUGACAACUCCUCAGACGGACCAAUACCGUUAAGUAGCUUCACUCAGGUUAUUGUGGGAAUAAAUGAUGUAAACAACAACAAACCCAUCUUCGAAGAGUGUUCUCAGUACAGUGAAAACACGUGGGUUUUAGAGAAUCAAGCUACUGGUACCUUCGUCCUCAAGGUAGAAGCCAAAGAUGCAGAUAUUGGUCUUAAUGGAGUAGUGAAGUAUGGUUUAAUGCACAAAGAAGGAGCUAAUCCAAGCUUCAUCAUUGAUGAAGAUACAGGUGUUAUAACCACUUUACAGAGUUUUGACCGAGAGAAACAAAGAGAAUACACAAUCUCUGUGACUGCCACAGACCAGGGUCAAGAGCCAUUAAUUGGUGUUUGCCAGAUAACCAUUGUAAUUGCCGAUGUCAAUGAUAACGAUCCUAAAUUUGAAAACAGUCGUUACCAGUACUUUUUGCGGGAGGAUACAGCGGUGGGAAUGAGCUUCCUUCGAGCUGCUGCUCUGGACGAUGACCAAGGUAUAAAUGCCGUCAUUACAUACAGCAUGGUGAUGCAGCGUCCAGAGUACUUUAGUAUAAACCCCAGCACUGGAUGGGUGUAUGUGAACUAUCCUAUCUCCCAGACAUCACGGAUCUCUCGACUCAUUAUAGCCACAGAUGGGGGUAAUCGGAGCAGCAGUGUGGAACUAACAGUGAUCAUUACGAAUGUGCACAACCAGCCUCCUCAGUGGGAGCAAGAGCAAUACUGGGUCUCCGUCCCUGAAAACAUAACCAGGGAUUCAAAGAUUGUGACCAUCAAGGCUACGUCACCACUUGGUGAUCCGAGGGUUACGUACAAUAUAGAGGAAGGUCUUGUUCCUGAGACAAACUACCCUGUUCGCUUCUACUUAAAACCUAAUAGAGCAGAUGGAUCGGCGUAUGUACUAAUAGCGGAACCUCUUGAUUAUGAGGAAAAUACAUAUUUCACAUUGAAAAUUAGGGCCCAGAAUGUUGCCACUGUCCCACUGGCAUCAUUUACAACUGUUCACAUCAACGUUACUGAUGUUAAUGACAAUGUUCCGUUCUUCACAUCUUCUGCUUACGAGGUGACCGUGCCAGAAGGAGCAGAGGUUGGAACAUCAAUAGUCCAGGUGUUGGCUACUGACCUAGACUCUGGCCAGAAUGGGAAGGUGAAUUAUUUUAUACUGAAAGAUGUCAAUGAAGAUUUCCUCUGUUUUACAAUUGACCAUGAAACUGGAGUCAUAUUUACAAGAACAUCUUUUGACAGGGAGAGGCAAGCAUCGUACCUUAUUGAAAUUCAGUCUCAGGAUUCUUCUGAAUCUGCCCGUCUUGGAAUUCAAGGCCACCCUAACACAGAUACCGCCUAUGUAAGGAUCUUUGUAAGUGAUAUUAAUGAUAAUGCCCCGAGGUUCCCAUUGCAGAGAUAUGAGACCAGUGUGGGAGAGGAUGAAGAUGUGGGUUAUGUUGUAAUAACAGUAAAUGCUAACGAUGAAGAUGAAGGAGCUAAUGCAAAGAUAAGGUAUCAAAUUACAAAUGGAAAUGGAAGAGGAAUAUUUGAUGUGGAACCAGAAGUGGGGUCAAUUUUUCUCACCCAAAGUCUGAAUUAUGAACAAGACACCUACUUCGAACUCAGGCUGGUGGCUUCAGAUGGCAAAUGGGAAAACCAUACCCUCGUCAUCGUUAAUGUCAUUAAUUUGAACGAUGAGGCUCCAGUCUUUGCACAGAGUGAAUAUCAUGAAAGCAUUUCAGAGGAACUGACUGAAACACCUAUCUUGGUGCUGCAGGUGUCAGCCACUGAUCCUGAUCAAGAAGCUGAUCAGACUGCACUUCAAUAUUCCCUGCAUGGACAGGGGGCUAACAAUAAAUUUACCAUAGAUCAAUUCAAUGGAAACAUUUAUGUUCAGAAAAAACUUGAUCGAGAACAGCAAGCAGUGUGGCGUUUUCUGGUUCUCGCUACUGAUGAAAAUGGGGAAGGUUUGACUGGAUUUGCUGAUGUGAUUGUUGACGUGAAAGAUGUCAAUGACAAUGCACCAACUUUUCUCUGCAACUCCGAAGGAUGCUUUGUGGGGUAUAUAGAAGAAAACUCUCCUGCUGAUACCAUUGUGAUGGAGAUGGCAGCUGUGGAUUUAGAUGACCCCAAAUCUGGAAACAAUGCAUUACUUACUUAUAGAAUUGUAAAAAAUGUCCAGAAUGAUAUAAAUCUGAAUCUUUUCGCCAUUCAUCCUUCUACUGGAUCCAUAUACAAUGUUUUGGGGUCUUUGGAUAGAGAGAAAGAGGACAAAUAUUUGAUUGUUAUAGAAGCAGAAGAUGGAGGAGGACUCAAGGGGACAGGAACAGCUACGAUUUUAGUGUCAGAUGUUAAUGACCAUGCCCCAGUUUUUACUCAAAAGGUUUACGCAGCCAUCAUUCCUGAAAACUCUGGUAUUAACAGUGAGUUAGCAAUAUUUUAUGCUCUGGACCUGGAUGAAGGUGAAAAUGCAUUAUUGACAUUUAGUAUCAUUGCAGGAGAUGACGACCAUAAGUUCUUUAUAGAGACAGAUAAAAUUCAGAAGCGAGGAAUCCUAUGUCUUCGGAAAAAAGUGGACUAUGAAAAGUCCCAUGAGAGAUCUUUUAACCUGACAAUAAAAGUAGAGGACAUGGAUUUUUUUACUACCACUUACUGUACUGUCCAAGUCGAAGACUCAAAUGACCAUCCACCGGUUUUCUACCCACACUUUUAUGAAGUUGCCCCUUUGUCGGAAGAAGUUCCUAUUGGUACUGUGGUGGUACAAGUGUCCGCAAUUGACUUGGACUCUGGGAUUAAUGGAAAGAUCUCCUACCAGAUUCUUAAUUCGUCUGACCCUCUUGGUCAGUUCUCUGUUAUCAAUGAUGGUCAGAUUGUUGUCUCUGGACAAUUAGACAGAGAAACAUAUGCCCAGCAUUGUUUGGUGGUACUUGCCACUGACAUGGGUGAGCCAUCAUUAAGCGGGAGUGCUACCAUUGUUUUCAGCAUUCAGGAUGUAAAUGAUAAUGCCCCACAAUUUGAAGUCCAGUACAGCCCAAUGAUUUGGGAAAAUACAGAGUAUCCACAUAUUGUACAAAUGAAUAAAACUUCAGUGUUGCUACAUGCUAAAGAUGAUGAUACAGUUGUGAAUGGACCUCCAUUUUAUUUCUAUCUGCCAAGUGAUAUGUCCAGUGUGAAUGACUUCAGUCUACAAGACUUUCAUAAUGGUAGUGCAAUGAUUACUGCACUACGAAGUUUCGACAGGGAAGUGCAAAAGGUCUUUAACUUACCCGUUUUAAUCACUGACAGUGGAACUCCUCCCUUGACGUCAACUAAUAUGUUAACAAUUCUUAUUGGAGACAAAAAUGACCAUCCUCAUUCGCCGGGACAUUUGGAUUGCAUGGUCUACAGUUACAAGGGCAUCCUCCCAUCACUUGACCUUGGUAAAGUCUUAGCACCGGAUUUAGAUGACUGGGAAAACAAAAUGUACCAUAUAGAUGGCAAAUCAAGACUCUUCUCCCUUCAUGAAACCUCUGGCCUGCUAACCAUGAAAGAAGGAGCCAUGUCUGGAACCUAUAAACUGAGAGUAAAAGUGACAGAUGGCAUCUGGCCAGACGUGCUCUCUACAGUUAAGAUUGUAGUCAUUGACAUCUCAGAAGAAGCAGUCCAAAAUGCAGGGUCAGUGAGGAUGAGAGGUAUAACUGCUGAAGAAUUUCUAGCGCAAUCACUUGACGAUGUCAGUAAAUAUGAACAGAUAAGGAGUCUGCUCUCGGAAGUUGUUCAAGUUGAACUGAGCAGUCUUUAUGUGUUUAGCAUAUUGAACACUCCUGGACUUACAGGCAGUACAGAUAUCAGGUUUGCCGUUUCAGGGCCCCCCUACUACCCAGUGGAAAAACUCAAUGGCAUGGUGGCUUCGUCAAAACAGAAGAUAGAAUCAGCAAUGGGUGUUCAGAUAGCGAAUAUUGGAGACUAUGAGUGUGAGAAUACGAAGUGCAGUCACAAGACUGGCUGUGUGGUCUCCACAACCUACAAGCAUGUUCCUACGAUGGUUACAGUACCAGGCAUGUCGUUUGGUUCAGUCACCGUGCUCACUCGAACCACCUGCUCCUGUCCUUCUCGAGAGUAUCGGCACCUACCCUGCUCUUCCUACCUAACUAACCCCUGUCUUAAUGGAGGAACCUGCACAGACACUGAGCUUGGAUUCAGAUGUGAAUGUCUCUCAGGGUUUAAUGGUCCGGAAUGUCAGCAAACUACGCACUCGUUCACGGGUCAGGGCUAUGCAUGGUUCCCUCCCAUGACCCUUUGCUUCGAGAGCAAAAUAUCUUUGGAUUUCCUUACUGAUUCACCCGAUGGCCUCUUGCUCUUUAAUGGUCCCAUGGCAACCAGCACACGCGCAAAGACAGAGGACUUUAUUGCAGUAGAGCUUCAGAGUGGAUCACCAAUAUUGGUUAUUAAUCAUGGCUCGGGGACGCUCUUUCUUCAGUUUUCUACAAAACUAAACAUGGCAGAUGGACGCUGGCACACAAUCGAGAUUAUGAGCAGUGGAAAGAAAGUCAAGAUGACUCUCGACCAUUGCUCCCAUAACUUUGUAAAUGAAGCUGUUGGGCCUCAGAAAACACACAACAAUCGAUCAUCAUGUGAGGUUUCAGGAGAGACACCUGGGAGCAAGAGGUUCCUGAAUGUUUAUCAGCCCCUACAGCUCGGUGGCGUGCGGAACACACGGCCAACACUUCAACCUUCUAUUCACUUCACAAGCUUUACUGGAUGCAUCAGGAACCUCUAUGUUGAUAGCAAGGUGUAUGAUUUGCAGCAGCCAGCGGAGUCUUUAAACAGUGCUCCAGGCUGCCCAGUGACAGAUGGGCUGUGUAAGGUGGCAGGAUCGCCCCUGUGUGGAGGUCAUGGUUACUGCACAAAUGAUAUUACCUCUGUUAGAUGUGACUGCCAUCCAGGAUACAGCGGAGAAAACUGCAAAUCAGUCCUACAAGAGUGGUCGUUUGGAAAGGACAGUUGGAUUCAUUACCUUGUUCAUCCUCCACUAAGCAUGCAUCUGACAAAUGUGCAACUCAUGGCUCGCACGCGAGUCUCAUUUGGUACCUUCCUCAGCUUGAUGUCUAAAGACAGAUCUUCGUUUCUGAGGCUGGAGGUGGCCGAAGGACAGUUUGCCAUACGUUUCGACUUUGGAGACAGAGAACACUUUAUUAGGGUGCCAAACUUGAGGAUAGACCAUGGCCAGUGGGUACUACUAAACUUAGAACGUUAUGACAAUAUUUUCACAUUACGUCUUAAUGGUGGUGGAGGGGAACGACAAGUAACUUCAGUAUUGGGAAAGAACUGGUUGUUUGACGUGGAUCCAUCAAGUGUUAUGCUAGGAAACAGCUUCCCUCAGCAAGCAGAUAAUGACUUUGAGGGAUGCCUGCGUGAUGUUCGCCUAAAUGGUCUCAUGCUUCCUGUGGAUGGAGAGAGUAAUAGGUACAGCACAGUUGUGAGUUCGUGUGGAAUCAGCAAAGGAUGCUAUUCAGAUGCCUGCAGGAAUGAUCCAUGCCAAAGUCCUCUAAACUGUAUUGACUUAUGGAGAAAACAUGAAUGCAGGUGCCCGGCAGAUAAAGUUGAAGUGACAAAUAAUGUGACUGGGCACAAGCGUUGCUACCCUUCCCCAUGUACGCGGUGGAGCUGUCGGAAUGGCGGCACUUGUGUGGCCCAAUCCCACCAGAAGUAUAUGUGCCAAUGCAAGGAUGGCUACAAAGGAAGGUUAUGUGAAAGCAUCCAGAUAAGAGCAGGAAAAUCUGUUGGACUCAGCUCUGGCUCCAUAUUAGCCAUCAGCAUGUGCCUACUUAUCUUCAUAGCCUUGUUGGUCUCCUACACAGUGUGGAGCCAAUGGGGGAGGUCCAAGUUCCGCAAAGGAGGAGUUUAUCACAUCCCUGCAGAGCAUGAAAGCUGGGAGGACAUCCGAGAGAACGUCUUAAAUUACAAUGAAGAAGGAGGAGGAGAACAUGACCAGAAUGGAUAUGACCUACACAAACUGAAGAAGCCUUUGCGGAUAAACAUGCAGAAUCUCUGUUUGGCAUCCAACAACCCCCCACCUUUCAUGGUACAUCUGAGUUUGGAGAGUCACCUCAAUGUGCCAACCCGAAAAUCACCAGAGGAAAUCGGAGAAACUGGGCCUAGAGUCCCUAGCAUUCAUGACUACGUGUCCCAAAUAGUAGGGGCUGGAGACUAUGACCUAAAAAGCCAUUCAGGUGAUGUUCUCCAUAGUUAUUUUAUGGAAGGCCACGGUUCCUCAGCUGGAAGCCUCAGUUCACUGGACUCUUUAGCUGUUGAGGAAGAUGUGAAUUCUGACUAUCUCAGUGGAUGGGGCUCAAAGUUCGACAGGCUUAAAGAACUUUACCAGGCCUCAGACAGCCAGGUUUAAGAACUUACAAUAUGGAAACACAUGACAGAGACAGGCCACAUACAUUCUGAAGCUAAAACAUUGAAAGGACACAUUAAUUGAUAUGCCUGGUUGACAGACCCUUUUUCAUGUGGUAUGUAAAAAAUACAUUUGUUAGUUACAGUUUUGUUUCUUCUGGGGAAAACAAAAAACAGUGUGUUUCCUUUAUUUCGUUUGUGUGAGGUUAGUUAUGGAUGCACCACUAGAGAUUAACAGCAAGUGAAAUGCCUCUUGAUUAAUUUGUAAUCAGAGGAACUAUUUUACAACUGGCCCAGAGAAUAUUCCAGUUCAUGUAGGUGGUAAGGUGGGAUUCAGAAGCUGCCAUGUACCAGUCCACCCAGCUCUUCUCCUUUGUCACUCACUUUAUCUUAUCAGUUGGGACACAUCAUAUAUA